AUGUCGAGUAGAUUGCGAGCUACCGCGCCAUCUGGCGUUCCAAGACCGCAAAGUCGAUCCAGAGUCGCCUCAUUCAGGGCGACACAGCCAUCAUACAAUCUCAUCACUGGCGGAGAAAACAAUGCGAGGCCCUCGUCAAGACAAAGUCAGGCUGCCGAGUCGGUUCGACCUGGCUCACGGGACAGCUCGAAGGAAAACAUGGCGCCUCCAGACGCGGACGAGUACGAAAAAUAUCGGAAAGAAAUAGAAGCGCUGAAAGCAGAAAUCGGCACUUUGCAAUACCGCAUGCAAACCGCCGAGCAAGAGAAAGAAAUUGCCCUAUCUCAACAGGCCAACAAGGUCGAACAGGCCCGACGGCUACAGCAGGAAGAAUUGCAGCAAAGACAGAUUGCUGAAGCAGACAAAUACAAAGCUGCAGAAUUGGUGGACUCUAUUAAGGCGGAUAUGGAAGAAUUGCGAGACCGAUCAGAAUCAGAUGUAAAAGCUUGGGAACGCAAGACUCGUGAAGCCCAGGACGAAGCUCGCUUAUUACAAGAACAACUCGACGACCUUUCGACAGCCAAGGAUGAUGCUGCUAGAAUUGCGGACAAGAAGAUGAACGAUGUCCAGAUGCAGGUAACUGCGCUCCAGAACUCAAUUCAAGAAUUGGAGCAGGAGGGUCAAUCCAAAGAAGAACAACUGCAACAGGCGCACUCGAUUGCCGCAGAAAAAGAUGCUGAAAUCGCCAAGUUGGAGGCGGAUGUUCUUCGCCUGAAAGCACAAAGUGGAGAUGCAGAAACCAUGGAAAUCAUCAAAAAGGAGCUUUCCGAACAAGUGCAACACAUUAGAGCUUUGGAAGCCAAUAAUCGCGAACAAUUGAGUGAGUUGAAGCAUCUCCGAGCUGUCAGCAAGGCUGUGGAGGUUGUGGAAGAAGAAAAGAGGUCAUUGCAACGCAAGCUGGAGUCUGCAGAAUCCCUGGAAGCGGAACUGGCAGAAUCAAGGCUGCAAAGACAGCGACUAGAGGAUGAACGGCUCGCCUGGGCGGCUUAUUUGAAAAAUUCGUCAGAAACAGGCGAUGAUGAGUUUGACUCGCCUGAAGCAAUGGCUAGAGCAUUAGUGGAAGAACGCCUGACGACUGCUUCUUACGUGGAGCAGGUGGGAGCCUUGCGGGCAGAGAUGAGCGCUCAGCAAAAUUCCAUUCAGUCCUUGCAAGAGGAGAAAUCACAGCUCAAAGACCAGUUAGAGACUGCCAAAACCUCAGCCGGGACGAUGAGUAUAGACAAGGCUCGUCAGCGUAUCGACCGACAGCGUAUUCUGGCGCUCAAGGAAGCUGAGUACCUCCGCGCGCAAAUGAAGGCAUUCGACGACGAGGAUCAGACAAUGCAGCCCGAGCAGUUUGAUGAGACCCGAGCCUCACGCAUACAGGAGCUGGAAAGCCUCGUUGAACAGUACAAAACCGAAGUCCAGAAUCUGCACAAAGAAUUAUCUUCCAUUGAACCAGCUACCGGAAGCUCAACGCCACAACCUCUGUCAGGAACUAAACGCUCCCGGUCCGAAGACGACGAUGCGCAGGAACAGUUGGGUCAACUGACACGCAAAAACAGGAAGCUUCAAGAAGAGGUGACUGGAUUGCAAACAAAGGUCACCAUGUUGGAGAAGGACGUACUCGCAAGCAAAGAACAAUUGUCUGCCGCAAAGGAACAGAAUUCUACAAGAGUCUUAUCGCUGAGAUCAAACCCCACCUCGGAUUAUGAAGCCAUCAAACGCAGUACAUUAGAAGCACUCAAGAAGGAGAACUCGGAUCUAUUGUUGCAACUCCGAUCCAAGCAUACGAACCCUGCAGUGGCAGUCAUUCCUACGUCAGUUUUGGGUGCAAUGGAAAGAGAGAUUGCUGCAGCCAAGGCAGAGACGGCAUCUGCUCAAAAGUCAGCUAGACGACUAAAAGAGGUUUGGGGAUCCAAGUCGCAAGAGUUUAAAGAAGCCAUCUUUUCCACUUUGGGCUGGACAGUCACGUUUAUUCCCAAUGGCAAAAUGAGAGUCGAGAGCACCUUCUUCCCCUCGCAGACCGAUGAACACGAAAAUUCAAUUGUCUUUGAUGGCGAGAGGGGAACGAUGAAGGUUGGUGGCGGCCCCAAAAGUCCAUUUGCCAGAAGGAUAGGUGAUCAAAUAGGGUUUUGGGUACGGGAAAAAGGUUGCAUCCCUGGAUUUCUGGCGGCAUUAACGCUAGAGUUUUAUGAAGAGCAUUCACGGGCAUCACGGAGUUGA